AUGGUGCAUGACUACACGAUUCAGGUCUACUUCAGACAGAGCUGGCUCGAUCCGCGACUGGCGUUCGACGACCGCGCUGGCGACGUCCAGUAUGUACACCUAUACGACGCCGGAAAGAUCUGGAAGCCAGACGCGUUCUUCUCUAACGAGAAAGAGGGCCACUUUCACAACGUGCCCCGGCCAAAUUUCCUUAUCCGCAUCUUCCCAACAGGACGGGUUCUCUACAGCGCAAGACUCACACUAAAGCUGUCGUGCCCGAUGAACCUGAAGAGGUACCCCUUUGACACUCAGAGUUGCUCAGUCAUCAUGCCAAGCUAUAAAUACACAACUGAGGACAUAGUGUUUGCUUUCCAACUCCACCAGCCUGUAGAGUUUUACAAGGACAUCCUCAUGAGGAACUACAAAUUGACUGGCCACAUACUGGGCAGCUGCACAAGUCGAACGAUCACAGGCGACUACUCCUGCCUGCGGGCCGAGAUCUGGUUCCAGCGUAUGUCGCGCAGCCUCGACGUGCUCGUCUUCAUCCCGUGCGCCAUGUACGUGCUCCUGUCCUGGAUCCCGCUCUGGCUGGACAACACCGGCGCAGCGACGCGAACGCGCCUCACGGUUCCCGCUCUGGUGCUGAUCGCGAUGGCUUCGACGGUGUCAAGACUCAGGGAUUCCGAAUUCCCCCGCACCAGCUACACCAAGGCCGUGGACGUGUGGACCGCAGUGACGCUCGCCUUCGUGAUCGCACUCUGGAUCGACGUGGCCGUCGUCGAGCUUGUCGUUCGCCGUCGACAAGGCGAGACCGUGAAGAAGAUGGAGCCCAAGGUCGACGACGAAAACUUCGAAGACGCGGACGGCAUUGAACUGGUGGAGAACUCGAAGGGCAACGCAAAGAACGGGCCAGCGCGGCGCAACGACCAAGGAAGCUGGCAGACCACUAUCCGGAACUGGCUGAAGGCACCACGGUCGACAGCCGACAAAGUGGACCUGGUCUCUCGCAUUGUAUUUCCGGUCGCCUUCUUGCUGUUCGUAGUGAUCUACAUCCGGAACUACACGGUCAAGGUGGACGUCCCCGAAGAGUGGCUUUGACGCCGUUCGCCAACGUGCUGGAGCCUGCGCGAGCCGGCAGCUGUCCCUGAUACGCACCAUAGCGCACUGACCGAUUGUAUGCGCCACCUUGAGCACAUAACAAGCCUAGUAACUUUGUAGUUGGACUAAGCAUUAGGCAAAUGGCAAAUGAAUGACUGGGCGGUUACUCUCCAGCUGUUCGAGGACGAGACUUUGAGAGUUCUCACCAGAUCACAGGUCUUGCAGAUGCCGUGUUUGACUCAGGCAAAUGCGCAGUGCAUGGCAAAAAAAGAAAAAGAAAGGGUGCAACGUGCCUUUGCAUAUUUAACGUUAGAGAAAGCAAUUGUGCACAGACACCGCCCAUGGUAACAUUAGUGCAUGCACAGAAUAUGCCUGUUUAGUCUCUAUUGAAGCUCGGCCGAGAAACGCCUUACAAAAGUGUCUUUUCUUAUGCGACUGCUAAGGAAUUAU